CCAAACAAACACUUUCUGUCACGCCAGAAAUACAAACAAGCUCACCAUCGAAAUCCAUCAUCUUUCCCUUUCAGAUGCGAUAACAGCGAAGAACGGUGUGUUUUUUCAGAUGGUAUCAUUGAUGAGAAAGAAAAAAAUUGUUUCAACCUAUACUAUCGUUCUUCAUUCGGAAUGUCUAGCAGAAGUAGUGUAAAUUUGAGUGAUUUUAAAUUGAUAGGAGGAACGAUAAAACUUAGUGAAAGACCUUCAAGCAGUUCGCAUUCUUCAUUAUCUAAGAGGUAUUACUUCUCUAAAUUGUCAACGAGACCAUUAUCAGCGUUCCCUCGUCUAUGUUCUGGAGACAAUUCACAAGACGACAUCAACUCAUCGAAGAAUGGCCAACGGCCUUACUCUGCUGAUUUUGUAAUGCCUAAUCCUUUGUCUGGAAAAUCCAAGGAAACCUUAACAGACGGCAGUUUUGAGAGUAUUUAUGUCCCAGUAGAUUUCCAACUACCAUCUUCGAACCUCUUCAAGGAGCUCUUGGAGGAAGACAUAGAUGAGUGGAGAAAAUUUGUAACGCAAGAUUCUUUUGGUCUGAAGGGAAAAACGCUUUCUGAACACUCUAUACCCUCAUUGGUUAUGAGCGAUACCGAAAGGACCAAACCAGAAGAUAACUCCGCCAGAGAUACAAAAUCUCACAAAGAUAACACCGAGGAAAAAGAACAGAUAGUGUCGACUGAAAAAAAGACAGAGGAAGUUCUCAAAGACAGUUCUAAGGUGGCCCCUUCCUCGAGAGCAAAUUUGGAAACUGACGAAACCAAAGCAGAGAUGCAGGAGGACAAAUACCAGAUGACGCCAGGACUGACAUCAAAGCCACCCUUGCCCAAAAAACAGACUGUCCAGACGGAAAAAACUGACGAUGAUCCCAUCUACGAUUAUUUCGCGAUAAAGUAUAAUUUGGGAGGUGUUUCCGGUGCGAAAACUUUGAGGGAAAUCGCUGAAAAACCCAUGUGCGAGGAGGUUGCGGAGAAAAUCGACGAAGAACGCAGCAUUGAUGAGCCUGGAAAAGCUGGACAGCUUGGAGAUCGAAAAGAAGUUUCUGUAGGAGAAAACCGAGAAGAAGUCCAAAAUCCUCCACAAUCAGAGGAAACGAUUGCUGACAAGGAAAACAACAACAAUUCAGACGCGCAAGAUUGGCUGGACGAGAUCAACAUCGACAGCGUCCAUCUAAAAGAAUCCGAGACCGACAAGUACCUGCAAGAAGUGCGAAACCAGUGCAAAGAAGAUAAUUUAAACGAUCUGCCUCUAUUGUCCGAAAUGGACAUAGACGACCUGUUCAAACUAGACGACAUCCCAGAUCCAGGAAUUGAAAAAGAGGUUAAGAUGGACGCACCAUCGAAACCUCCAACUACCACCAAGAAAGACUCAACCAAGACGAAGAAGGUCGUCAGAGCUAAGACUUUACCGCUCAAAAAUCUCAACACUAUCAGACCCCUUAACGAUAAGAAGACUGUUUCUGGAAAAAGCGACAAGGAUUCCAACACCUUGAAAAAGCUUUCGACGGUGAAAUUGAACAAGGUCACUUCUCCAAGACACAAGGCGCACUCCAUCGAAGAGAACAUCGAAACCUGGGUUGCCAGGGAUUUGGAUAAGGUGAAGAGAAAUCGAUUGGAGUUUACUGAAUUGAUAAAUAGCGUGGAUGAACUGAAAUCCACCACUGAAGUGCUCGAUAAAGAUGUACCGCUUCCAAGUAGUCCAUCGCCUGAUGACAAGAAGCAAGAGAAUUACGACGACAUUGAAACAAUCAUAGAAGCCUUAGAAAACCAGGACAAGACUUCACAGCAAAAGAUUCAGAACAUGAAGAAGAUCGUGACCAGCGAACUGUCGAACUCGAUGAUCCUCAACGAGAACGAAGAAAACCUCCUCUACAAGAAGAAAGAGUCGUGCUCUCAGUCGACUCGAGAAACCUCGAAGUUCCACGGUGAAAGAGACCAGAGAUGCGACACAGACCGUUCUAGUCCUUUGGACUUCUCCUCUGGCGAUUACAGCGGAAGAAACAGCUCGAGAAGUGUCUCGCAGUGCAAGCACCAUAAGCGUCUUGCUGAUGCCAAAGAUGGCCAGAGGACCAAUAGGAGCCAGAGUGCUGACAGCGGUCAUCAUUCAGAUUGCUUGAAAAGUGUUGGUAAUUACAGGGAUCUCCUUACCUAUCUGGACGAGGUGGACAAGAAGUGCACAGAGACCCUGGAAGUUGCCAAGGAACGUGCUCAUACUGCUACGAAGCUUGUCAUGGAAUCCUCAACUUUGUUCGAUACCGUACCGAAAGUGGAAGAUCUGUUGACGCACACCUCCGAAGAACUCUCUUCCUACAUAAUCGAGCUCACGCUGAGGGUCAAAGACAAGACCUCCUGCAUCAGCGUGCUCCAAAACGAGCUGUCCUCCCUCAGAGAAAAGCUGCUGGCCCAGACCAAACAGGCCGAGUCCAACCUGCGCCAGAAGCUCAAGGAGCAGAAGGAGGAAACAGAGGCCAUAGCCAGACGCCAUCAGAAGUUCAUCGACCAGCUCAUGGAAGAGAAGAAAACCCUGGCCAGGAAGUGCGAGGAGCUGGUGGAAGAGAUGCACAACAUGGAGGAGAAAUACGUGGCUAACAUGAGGGCGAUCGAGCACAGGCACCAGGUGGAGAUGCAGAAGAUGAAGGACAUGCAGGCCGCCAGCGAGAAGCUGAAGAGAGAGAGGUGGAUCGAGGGUAGGACGCAGAAGAUCAAGGAGAUGGCUGUGAAGAGCAUAGAGCCAGAGGUUGAGAGAAUGGAGAAGAGGCAUCAGGAGGAGCUGUCGAACUUGAGGAUGGUGCACAAGAGGGAAAUCGAGGAAUUGGAGCUUAGGGCUGCUAGGAAAAUGCAGGAGCAUUCGGAGAACCUCAGGGAACAGUUGAUAGAAGACAGGGAGAAGGCUUUGGCGCAUGAGAGAGAGGUGAUGAGACUCAGAUACGAGAAGAUGGUGGAGUCCGAGGAACGAAACUACCAAGACCAAAGACGUCGCCUUCUGGCCGACCAUUCCAACAGGCUGGUCGAAUGCGAGGAGAAAGAAGCCCAAGCAGCCGCGGAGAAGGAGAGAGCUAUAAAGCAAGCCCAAGAGGAGUUCGAGGAGAAGCUGCAAGCGGCUACCAGAAGACACGCCAACGAGACCAAGAUCAUCAAAGAGACGGCUGCCAUCGAGAUGGAGAACUGGAAGAACUCCUUCAGGAAGCAGCAGUCGGCCUUGCUGAUGGAGAAGGAGACUGCCAUCAGGAGGGAGUGCAAGAAGGAGAGGGAUAUGGAGAUUGAGGUGGUGAUUGAGAAGUUGGAGAACGAGGCUAACAAGGCAAGGACCCAGAUCGAGCAGACGGCUGAGAAUAGGAUCAAGAGACUGAAGGAUAAAUACGAAAUGGAGAUCAAAGACCUAGAGAUGCUGGAAAAAGAUGCUCAAACAAAGUAUUGCGAGUCCAGAUCGAAACUACUGGAGUACGAGGAAGUUAUAAUCACACUUAGAAAUACCAUAAAACAACUGGAAUACCAGUUGACCGAUGAAAAAUUGAAACGAGAAAAGCUGGAGUCUGAACGGGAGGAGAUACGAGGGCAGAUCCGGGAGGAGUACGAAGACAAGGUGCGCAGCCUGGAGAGAGAGGUAGAGGAGCUUCGGACCUCAGCCGAUAAGCAGGUGGAGCAGCUCUACUCGAGGGUACGGGUCUCCCUGGCCAGAAAAGAUGAACUUCUUGCUGAACUUACCAACGACCAUAGGGCUCUCAAAGAAAAAUGUUUAUAUCUGGAAAACAUGAUGGAGCAGCAGAGAAAAGAAUACAUGAUAAACACGUGAUGAGAAAUGAGAAUAGGAAGGAACAUUUAGACAGUGCCAAAAGAAAAUUCAUCCUAUGUGGCAAGCGGUAAAGGUUUUGAAUCUGAAGGUAUAAGUUGAAACAUUUUUGAAGGUAUUUUUGCAUUGAAUUUUUAUAACUUUUAAGCUUAUUGUGGUUUUGAUCAAUGAUUUUUGAAUAAAUCCAUUAAAAGUUG